AUGGAGCCAUCGGAGUGCGAGGACUCAGCAGCAGCGGCAAGCAGAAGCUUCAUCGAGGAAGCCACCAAGUUCCUGCAGCACGCAUCGGGGAGGGAGGACCUGCGGCUGCUGCUGGCUGAAGAUGGAGUGUGGGAGGCCUUCGUGGCUGAGGCCCAGCUGUCCAGAUCACCUUGUGACUUGUCCCCUGAGGUCAACUGUGGAGCUUUCUACUGUGGCACCACUACCCUGCUCAAACGACCUCAUCUUUUGGAGCCCUCCACACUUAGGAUAUUCGCUCAGGGCUACUCAGCUCAAAUGAGCUUCCAGCGAAAAGCUGAUGCAGACACAUUACGUGACACCAUCAAUGUGCUCACAGCAAACAUGCCUGUGGAAGACCAGGACAGGCUGCAGCGUGACCUGCAGGACAUGGAGAUGUUUGUGGACACGUUUCCUCAGGUGAAACUGGAACUGGAGGGGCACAUCAGGAAGCUCCGUGUGCUGGCGGACAAGGUGGACAAGGUGCAUAGGGACUGCACCAUCUCCAAGGUGGUGGCCGGCUCCAUCAGUGCUGUGUCCGGAGUCCUGACCCUCCUUGGCCUCACUCUGGUACCCAUGACAGCUGGGCUCAGUUUGGUGAUUUUAGCAACAGGGAUGGGCCUGGGAGCAGCAGCAGCUGUGACUAGUGUCUCCACUGGCAUCGUGGACUACACAAGUGAGUCAUCAGCCAAAAUGGAAGCCAGCCAACUGGUGUCGAGCAGCAUGGUCAAAGUGAAGAUGGUUGCAAAGGCCAUGGUUCAUUCAGGACCCCAAGUCUAUUCCUUAUCUGAGAAUUGCUGCCGAGUCCUGCGAUGCAUUGAGCAGAGCAUCAGUGCUAUCAAGCUCAGCAAAGGCAGCCCUGCCUUAGCUGCCAGUGCCAAACGCCUCAUGACCGCAGGGAGCAUCUCUGCUCAAAGUGGUAAGCAGUUGAAGAAAGCCUUAAGGGGCACUGACUUGUCAGUGAGCAGAAGAGCCUGGGUCAUGGGCAUAGCCACCGCAGGUGUGUCCCUCAUCGGGGAUGCGAUUGGCCUUGUGAAAGAAUCCAAGCAUUUGCACAAGAGGGCAAAGGCAAAGUCGGCCGAGGAGUUGAGGCAGCAGGCUCAGGAGCUGGAGGAGAAAUUGCAAGUGCUCACCCAGAUCUAUGAUGGUUUGCAGUGAGGCUCAACUCAGUAA